GGAGGAAUGGAGUCUCCUUAGCGAAGUUCAGAGAUGCCUGUACCGUGACGUGAUGCUGGAGACUGUGGCACUUUUGUCCUCCCUGGGUGGUUGGUGUGGAGCUGAAGAUGAGGCGACACCUUCUAAGCAGAACAGUUCUAUACUAGGAGCGUCUCCAGUCAGGACACCUAGGACAAAACUGCCUCCCAAAAAGGCCCACUCCUGUGAAAUGUGUGUCCCGAUGUUGAGACACACUGUGCACUUGGAUGGGCAUCAGGGAGUGCAUUGCAGGGAGAAACUGAAUAGGUGUGGGGAAAAAUUGUAUGACAGUACAAAUCUCCAUCCGUGCCAGAAACAGCAAGAGAAACCCUGCAGAAGCAUUGUCCGAGGAGCAUCAUUUUUAAAGAGCUGUAAGUCCUACGUGGCAGUGAAGUCAUUUAUCUUCAGUCAGGUUGAGAAAGACUUGGGAUUACUCCAGAAUGAGGCAACUCACACUGAGCAGAAGUCAAGCAGUGAAACUAAGUGUGGGCCACCCCCACAGGGGGAAAAAACUCAUAAUAGCUGUGGACAGUCCAUGGAAGUCUCCAGUUCCAAAUACAUGCUUGCUCAGCACGAGAGACUUCUCCCUAGUGAAAGAUGUUAUGUGUGCAGUGAAUGUGGAAAAUCCUAUAGUGGAAAGAAAAGCUUCAGUAAUCAUCAGAGAGUUCACACUGGAAGAAGAUCUUAUGAAUGUGGAGAAUGUGGGAAAUCUUUUCGUCAAAAGGGCAACCUCAUUCAACAUCAACGAGGUCACACUGGAGAAAGGCCUUAUGAGUGUAAGGAAUGUGGAAAAUCAUUUAGGUACAAGUCCCACCUCACCGAACACCAGAGACUUCACACUGGAGAAAGACCUUAUAAUUGUGGGGAAUGUGGGAAAUCAUUUAACAAGAAGUCUCAUCUCCUUGUGCACAAGAGAGUUCACACUGGAGAAAGGCCUUAUAAAUGUGAGGAAUGUGGGAAAUUAUUUAGCCAUAAGAACUGUGUUAAUAUACACCGGAGAGUUCACACUGGACAAAGGCCAUAUGAAUGCAAUGAAUGUGGGAAAUCAUUUCUCUCCAGCUCUGCACUUUAUGUUCAUAAGAGAGUUCACACGGGGCAAAAGCCUUAUGAGUGUAGUGUAUGUGGGAAAUCCUUUGCUGAAAGCUCCAGUCUCAUUAAACACAGGAGAAUUCACACUGGGGAAAGACCGUAUGAAUGUGGGGAGUGUGGAAAAUCAUUUCAUCGCAGUUCUUCCCUCCUCCAGCAUCAGACCAUUCACAUUGGAGAAAAAGCCUUAUGAAUGCAGUGAAUGUGGGAAAUCCUUUGCUGAAACAU